AUGCAACAAACUCCUUUCAAAAAGCUCCAAUCGUUUCCAUGGCCGAAAUGUUUAUCCAAAAGUUCGAAAUUAAAAUUUCAUGUCUUUAGAGAUGACGUACAAAUGAAUCACCAUCAUGGAUCAGACAUACAAUUACAGGAUUUGAAUACAUUUAUGAGUGGAAACAAGUUUAGAAAACUGCAAUUUUUACUCUCCGAUCAUAACAAUCAGGCCGAAAGUUUAAAAUAUGAAAACGUUUUUAAAAAUUAUCAAAAUUUAAAAGAAAUUCAUUCGUAUGGAUCCAUUCAAUCGAAUGCCAUGCUUUCCAUUGCAUAUUUAUGUUUCCGAUUAGGAAUUUCAUUUAAAUAUUUUAUUGAACGCGAUUUAAAGUAUAUCGAGUCGAAUUCUCAAUUUGGAAAUUUAUUUCAGGUCAUGAAUUUGAAAUCACAAGGCUUACAGAUGGAAUUUGUGCCUCUCACGGAACGACAAGAGUAUGAGAAUUUGAAACAAGAAUUUUUCUCUCGAACCAUUGUGCAGCGAAAGAGUUUUAAUGAAACGAAUGGAAUUUUGUAUAUUAGAGAAGGAGUUUCUCAGUACGAAGCGCAAAUUGGUUAUUCUCAAAUGGCGCUAGAAUUGAAUGAAAUGAUUCAAAAAGAAUUAUUGUUGAAAGAAGAUAUGUCAGAACGAUUCAGCUCACAACAUUAUAGAUUUAAUGUUUUUCUUCCAUCUGGUACUGGAACAUCAGCUCUCUUUCUCUCGAAAUUUUUAAACCAAUUGAACAAGUCCUGCAAUCAUUAUCAUUUUCGAGUGUUCACGACCAAUUGUGUUGGAUCUGAUCAGUAUUUACGACAACAAUUUUAUGAACUAGAGCCAUUCGAUUCCUCCAUUCACCCCACAAUAUUGGAAACCACCAAAUACUUCAGAUAUGGGCAACUGUAUAAGGAAAUGUAUGCAAUGAUUCAAAAUUUGAAACAUGAAAUUGGAAUUCAAUUUGAGUAUCUGUACGAUGCCAAAGGUUUUCUAGCACUCCAAGAACAGUACGAAAAGUUAUUACAGAGCCAAGCUACAAAUAUCUCAAUUGACGAUCAUUUGAUUUAUAUUCACUCUGGAGGUUUGAUUGGAAAUGCGUCUAUGGAAGAUCGAUAUAAACGAUUUUUAACGGAAAAGGUAUAG